UAUAUAAUAUGACUAUAUUCUACAUCAAAAUGCUAUAUAUGUUCCCCGCUGGUCAACUGUAGGUGACCACUAGUUAUUUUCAGGGUUGCUGAUAAAUGGCACUGCCUGUUUAUUGUGGUCUGGGUGAAUAUCCUCUUUCUACAUUGCAUUUGUCUCUGAGGCCCAGCAGUGCAUGGUAUUCAUGCAGUUCAUAUUAACUGUGUAAAGAGGAAGGAAGAGCUUGAACACAUUUGUUCGAGUUAUUAUCUUAAACUGCAGGCAAAGACGUUUCCACAGACUUUUUCUGUCACACCAGCUACCUCCUUUACAAACAACGCCCUGAGAGAACCAAAUUAUGAAUCUUAGAACAGCUGCAAGAGGCUUUGUAGCUUUCCUUCUGUCAGUACCAGCAUUACAGGGUUACUCUGACUGGGCAGUUACUUACCCAUCUAGUAAUAUCUGCGAAUUGAGAGGAUCAACAGUUGAAAUCCUCUGUAAUUAUAAAUACCCUUCCGCAAAUACAGUGGAGAAAAAACUCUGGUUUACUAAUAAACACAAUGAGCCAGUUGAUCUGAAAGAUGAUACAGACUAUACAGGUCGUGUUGAAUACAGCUGUGGAAAGCCCAAGUGUGUGUAUUACAGCUGUACUGGAACGUGCACACUGAGAAUCAAAGACCUGAGACAGAGUGACUCUGCUGAAUACAAGUUUAAGAUUACAACAAACAAUGGAGGGGCAUUAAGUGGUCUCCCUGGAGUGAAGUUAUCUGUGACAGAUAUCCAGUUGAAAGUGGUCAUUCGUCCUAGCAGUCUUAACCCGGUACAGCUGGAGUGUAACAGCAUGUGUGAUUCAACUGGUCUGACGUACACCUGGUACAGCAAUGGAAUUCGUCAACAAUAUCAAGGAAGGUUUCUCUGGUUCUACAUUAACUCUGACUACAGUGCUUCAUGUGCUGUUCAAGGAUCCAAACAUCUCACCUCUCCAUCAGUGUACGCUCCAGAGACCCCCUCAGUGGGAGGGACUCCCCCUGGUGUAAUAAAGGAGGGCAGUUCAGUGAAUCUGACCUGCACCAGCGAGGCCAACCCAGUAGCAAAGUACACCUGGUCCAAGGUUACUACAGGUCAUCCCCCCGGACACAGUGUCCAAGGACAACAGCUUUCCUUUCAUUCCAUCCAGUCUUCAGACUCAGGACAAUAUCUCUGCACAGCUAAGAAUGAACCAACCUCUGCCCUGGGAACCAAGGCGACCUUAUACCUUGGACUCAGUCCGCUCUAAAGACAGGGGAACGUACCGCUGCCAAGCAGAGAACCAAUAUGGAUAUCUGGGCUCCAACUCGGUUUUCAUAGAUGUCCAGUGUGGGUGCAAAAAACAAUAAUAAUGUUACGUUCCUCGCUAGGGAAAGGGAAGACAACAUAAAAGCUGAUAUUUUUGGUAAAGUAAAAUAAUUUAUUAACAUGAAUGGAAGGAGUUGAAGCUGCAAAGGAAAUCUGUUCAAAUCAAGGAAACAAAUAUAUCCAAAGCUGGACUCCAACAUACACGUUUGGAAGCGAGCCCUGCUCCUAGUGUCACGAACAAAGGAAAACUGUGUAUGUCUUUGCAGUAGUUCUAAACGCUUACCCUGGCCCAGUCCCUGAGUAAUUAACAAGAGCCUCAAUCUACUCAACUAACAAUUAGUAACGCACAAACCAACAUGAGUAAAGACACAGUGGCAGCUAUGAUUUGCAGCUUGCCGAAUCUGUACCGUCUAAUAACAUAUUAACUAUAUCCAGUAUUGCAAAUUGUUUAGCUGCUAUUCAUGUAUUGCUAUAUGCCUGGUAACCUAGGAGUCACAGUGUUAUUAUAUUAAUCGAAAUAUCAUUAUGUAUCUUGCUGGCAUUGCAGUU